AGAAAGCCGUAGUUGAGUAGCUGGGUUGGCGGUGUUUUGGAGAAGGUGAUUCCGCUUGUUCAGCUUUAGCUCUAUUCUCCGUCGUCCCCCUUCUCUCGAUACGAAAGCCUGAUUUGAUUUCUCAGCCAUGGCAGCCUCGCUCAUGGUCAUGGAAUCUAAGCCAUCUUCGGAACCACCUCCUUUUCUGCCCUCGUCGAGAUCCGAUUACCUUCAAAGUUUCGGCGAUGGAACCUCUGACGAAGACGAUCUCUAUAGUCGCCUUAAGUCGCUCCAGCGCCAGUUGGAAUUCAUUGACAUUCAGGAAGAAUACGUCAAGGAUGAGCAGAAGAAUCUAAAGCGCGAGCUCCUCCGAGCUCAGGAAGAGGUCAAGAGGAUCCAAUCUGUGCCGUUAGUCAUUGGCCAGUUCAUGGAGAUGGUGGACCAGAAUAAUGGUAUUGUAGGCUCCACGACAGGAUCAAAUUACUACGUUCGUAUUCUUAGUACCAUCAACCGCGAGCUUUUGAAGCCCUCGGCAUCCGUUGCCCUCCACCGCCACUCUAAUGCGCUUGUAGAUGUCUUGCCGCCUGAGGCCGACUCCAGCAUUUCGCUGCUGAGUCAGUCAGAGAAGCCUGAUGUUACUUAUAAUGACAUUGGAGGAUGCGAUAUUCAAAAGCAGGAAAUUCGUGAGGCAGUGGAACUACCCCUUACUCACCAUGAACUAUAUAAACAAAUUGGUAUUGAUCCUCCCCGUGGUGUAUUACUAUAUGGUCCCCCUGGCACUGGUAAAACAAUGCUUGCCAAGGCUGUUGCCAAUCAUACCACUGCUGCCUUCAUUAGAGUUGUUGGGUCUGAAUUUGUGCAGAAGUAUCUUGGCGAGGGUCCAAGGAUGGUUCGUGAUGUUUUUCGUCUUGCUAAAGAGAAUGCUCCUGCAAUUAUAUUUAUUGAUGAGGUUGAUGCAAUAGCUACUGCUCGAUUUGAUGCCCAAACUGGAGCAGACAGGGAAGUACAGCGUAUUCUUAUGGAACUUCUGAAUCAGAUGGAUGGAUUUGACCAAACAGUGAAUGUCAAAGUCAUUAUGGCAACUAACCGAGCUGAUACGUUAGAUCCUGCUCUUCUACGUCCUGGAAGACUUGAUCGCAAGAUUGAAUUCCCUUUGCCCGAUAGGCGUCAAAAAAGGCUUGUAUUUCAGGUUUGCACAGCCAAAAUGAACUUGAGUGAUGAGGUAGACUUAGAGGACUAUGUUUCUCGGCCAGACAAAAUUAGUGCUGCUGAGAUAGCAGCUAUUUGUCAAGAAGCAGGAAUGCAUGCGGUUCGUAAGAAUAGGUAUGUCAUACUACCGAAGGAUUUUGAGAAGGGAUACCGGACAAACGUUAAGAAACCAGACACUGACUUCGAAUUCUACAAGUGAUGAUGAGAGCUGGAUCGGGAUUUAGAAGAUCCCAGGAUGGUUGAAAGAGGAAAAAUAUUGUAAUCUGCCAUUUGUUAAUUUGUGUGCUGACUUAGUUGGGCCGUUGAAAGCCAUGCACUAAUUGCGAUAUAUUUGUGCAAUAUUAGUAUUCUAGAAAUCAGUGGAUGAUUCUCAAUUAUCUAUUAGUGCACUUCCAUUCCCAUUGUAUCAUCGUUCCAUUUUUCAUUUGCGAAUUUGACUGAGUUGGGUAUCAUAUCAUCGUCCUUGGUUAA